AUGGCGAGCUUGGGCAGAUGCUGGGAGCCUGGUGAUGCUGUAAGCUGCUCUGAUAAGCAAUAUGAACACAAAGGCAGGUGCUGCAACCGGUGCCAGCCAGGGCAAAGACUGGUUUCUGAAUGCAAUGGCACAGAGCACUCUGCCUGCACCCCCUGUGAGAGUGGACACUAUCAGCAGAGCUGGACCAAGGAGAGACACUGUGCCCCCCACGACAUCUGUGAAGACAACACUGGCCUCAUCGUGAAGACUCAGGGAAAUGCAACGCACAACACGGUGUGCCAGUGCCGGGCCGGCAUGCACUGCUCUGACAGCAGCUGCCAGACCUGCGUGGAGGAUCAGCCCUGCCCACGCGGCUUCGGAUUCGUGGAAGCCAAGGCCAUGGCCCGGAUGUCAUCUCCCUGCGAGCCCUGCGCAGAAGGCACCUUCUCCAAUGUCUCUUCUAAAACUGAGCCAUGCCACCCCUGGACAAGCUGUGAGGAAAAGGGGCUGGUGGUGAAGGCAAAAGGGACGAACACCUCGGAUGUGAUCUGCGAGUCGGGCGGUCGCUCCUCGCUGUCGGUGCUGAUCCCCAUCUCGGCCGCGGUCGUCACCUGCCUCCUGGGCGUCUGCAUCUACUGCCUGGUCCACACCACUCCCAGGCGGCGGGUGCAGACACAGGAUGAAGGAAAAUGA